AGCAUCUUACCUUCCAUUUUUGCUUCGAAACAAAAUCGAAAGGCUCUCUCCCUCUCGCUUCUCCGACUGCAAACAGCACACUGAUCCAGAGCAUUUGCUAUUUUAUUGGUGUUAAAACUCGGAAUGUUGCUAUUGAGCUUUCAGUCGACUAUUUUUUGGCGUGUAUUAGCUUUUUACAGGGAGAUUUCAAUUGGGUUAAGAGAAUGAGCUCUAAGAGGGAACAUGAAGGUAAUGCUAGUGUGAACACGGAAGGGUUUGAAUUGCAUCCGAAGAGGCAAAAACUGAAUGAGCAUUCAUCGCCGUCACCUGCCUCUGAAGGCACUCUACUUCCGGGUUUUAAUUACGGAGACGUGGACGACGAGGACAACCACAGAAGGCCACCUGUGAGUGGCUUUAACGGGGAUGGCGGCGAUAAUCAAAAGGGUGUACAGAAUGGGGGUCAAGUAGGAGAACUAGAGGAUGAUGAUGAUGAUGAUGACGACCUUGAACAAGGACUUUACCAAAGGCGGGGACGUGAAAUCGAGGUCAGGAGGGAUUGCCCAUAUCUUGACACUGUCAAUCGCCAGGUUUUGGAUUUCGAUUUUGAGAAGUUCUGCUCUCUGUCACUGUCAAAUUUGAAUGUGUAUGCAUGCUUGGUUUGUGGGAAGUAUUACCAAGGCAGAGGGAAGAAGUCCCAUGCAUAUACUCAUAGCCUUGAAGCUGGGCACCAUGUUUAUAUCAAUCUCCGAACAGAGAAAGUUUAUUGCCUUCCCGAUGGAUAUGAAAUAAGUGACCCAUCAUUGGACGAUAUUCGACAUGUCCUAAACCCAAGGUUUACUGAAGAACAAGUUGAGCAGAUUGACAAGAACAAGCAAUGGUCUAGAACACUUGAUGGUUCUGAUUACCUUCCUGGAAUGGUGGGGCUCAAUAACAUCAAGGAGACUGAUUUUGUGAAUGUCACGAUUCAGUCUUUAAUGAGAGUCACUCCUCUAAGAAACUUUUUCCUUAUCCCUAAGAAUUAUCAACAUUGCAAGUCUCCGCUUGUUCAUCGAUUUGGGGAGCUAACGAGAAAGAUAUGGCAUGCACGAAAUUUCAAAGGACAGGUCAGCCCACACGAGUUCCUACAGGCAGUUAUGAAAGCCAGUAAGAAAAGGUUUCGAAUUGGAGCACAGUCUGACCCAGUCGAAUUCAUGUCAUGGCUGCUUAAUACGCUGCAUGCGAAUCUUAGAACUUCAAAGAAAAAUAGCAGCAUCAUAUAUGAGUGCUUUCAGGGGGAACUGGAGGUUGUGAAGGAGAUUCCUAAUAAAGGUAUUGAGAAGAUAGAAAAUGGUGAUGACCAGAAUUCAGGUGCUGCGACUGAAAAUAAGGGCAUUGUCAAGGAAACUUACAAAAUGCCUUUCUUGAUGCUUGGAUUGGAUUUGCCCCCACCACCGCUUUUCAAAGAUGUGAUGGAGAAAAAUAUAAUACCCCAGGUCCCACUCUUCAACAUUUUGAAGAAAUUUGAUGGGGAGACUGUCACUGAAGUGGUCCGACCUCGCAUAUCAAGGAUGAGGUAUCGAGUCACCAGAUUACCUCAGUAUCUUAUUCUCCACAUGCAACGUUUUACAAAGAACAAUUUCUUUGUGGAGAAGAAUCCCACACUAGUGAACUUUCCUGUGAAGAACCUCGAAUUGAAAGAUUACAUCCCGUUGUCAACCACCAAAGAGAAUGAGAGGCUGCGCUCAAAGUAUGAUCUCAUUGCCAACAUUGUCCAUGACGGAAAACCUGGUGAAGGUUCCUACAGGGUGUUUGUACAAAGAAAAUCCGAAGAGCUAUGGUAUGAGAUGCAGGACCUUCAUGUUUCCGAAACCCUUCCUCAAAUGGUUGCGCUGUCAGAGACAUAUAUGCAGAUAUAUGAACAGCAGCAGUAACACGGGACAAUUUGAGGACUGUGGCGUUACAGUUCUGUGGAUUUGACGUUUUGUAUGUGGAGAUGUACGAGCAGCAGCAGCAGUAACAUGAAAUUCGUAAUGGUAUGGUUCUGUGGAUUCUACGUUUUGUAGUUUUGGCCAAAUUUUGACAGUAAAGCAAUCGAUGUUAGAGUAGAUAGCUUCGCGUCUAAAAUUGUGUCUUGUAAUCGAGGUGUAAAGUGCCGAAAGGAAUGUAACGAACUGUUUGAUAAUUAUCUGUUCAUCAGAAAAAAUUGUUUCCCUUUCU